AUGGCGUUUGAGGUGCACAAGUGGCUCAUGCUCUCCGCUGUGCUGCUCGCACUCGCUGGAAUCAUCAUGGCAUUCGUGGAAAAGGGGUCGCAAUCAUUGCAGUCGACACACGGACAGCUCGGAUUGGCCGUCAUGGUGCUGAUUGUUGCGCAGCCAAUCGUGGGGCAGCUGAGGCCGCUCAAGAAGCAUCCCAGCCGUCCAUCCUGGUUUGCGCUGCACUGGGUGAUUGGCGUCGGCACGGUGGCCAUCGCGUGGGCAAACUCCUACAUUGGGUUUGAUCUUGCCACUUCCAAGCUUGGAUACGACCUUGACAAACAGACGAGUACGUCGCAGGGCAUACAUGAUCAGUUGGACCACGCUGCGACAUGCUCGCUGCGACGCGCUUUCUGCGACGUGCUUCUGCGACGCGCUUUCUGCGACGUGCUUUCUGCGACGUGCUUGUCGCGGUCGGAGAAUCUUCUGAGCAAGCUCGGCGGGAUGCUUUCGUUUGGAGGGAAGCCGAAGAAGAAUCACCAGAGACAGAGCCAGGCGCUGGACCAUUUAUCAAAGGACUUGACGGCGCUCAACGACAGAUUGAAGCAGGCCAACAAGCGCACCAACGAUCUGCUCGACAAGCGCUAG